AUGUUGUCUAAUGGCACGCAGCCAGUAUCUGUGACGGACACAAACCCAUAUGAACGUCCCACCAGCCGUUUGAACUAUCAGCCAACUCAAGGUUACAGCCAGCGCAACACUAUUGAACUUCCUCGACCUUUGGAGCCGAGACCGAGCCUACAGACAUCACUAUCCGAAUCGUCUGGGUCUCAUCGGCAUUACGCAUCUGCUUCUGUGCCAGAAUACAGACCAGCUGGACACAGCCUACCUGGACUGCGCGACAUCCUCACCCCCGGUUCCCACGGAGGAGGAUCUUCUGGCUUCUCUACAGCAUGGGUCAAUUCUGCAGCCUCAACUACUAGCCACCGAAGCUAUGAUGGCUACUACCCUCCGUCCGGUAUCCAUCCCCCUCUGGCCCUGCACCCUCCAAAUGACCAUCCGGCUCACUAUCCAACCGGACGUCGAGUCGAACUUCCGGUGCUUGAGUCGAACCCAGUCUCUCGACUAUCCAUGCAAUCACUCCCAAUAUCGCCGUACGCUUCAUUCUCCGAAAAUCGUGACUAUGGCGAUACCCGCCCAGACAUCCAUCGACAAGCAUCAGCGACAUCCUACCAGGCCAACGCCAUCCAUAGUCCGUAUGCCAGCGUUCCGGAUGACGUCUCUUACAGGAAUGCCUUAGCGGCUUACGAGGGCAGCGGUGACGAUCCGGCCGGAGCCGCGAACGCAGAGCCCCAGCGGAAGUAUCUUGGGGUCAAAGAGGUGGUCGGCGAGGGGUCCUUCCAUGUAUACGAAGGCGGCUUCCGAAUCCCGACACAGGUGGAAGGUGAGACAGUCAACCCGGCUUGGGGCUUGACGAAAGCCAACAAACCCCGAAAACGCUUAGCUUUGGCAUGCCUCGAUUGUCGCGAGAAGAAGAUUAAGUGUGAGCCAGGUGCAAGUAGCUGUCUACAAUGCGAGAAGGCCAAACGGCCUUGCCGCAGAGCCCCAAUUCAGUCUGGUCUUCCCGAGAGCACGCCAGCACCAACCUCCUGGCACAGUGGUAUGAGCUCGCCGGUAUGCAAAGGCACAUCAAAUACAAGCCCAAUGCGAAGUAAGGACUUCGACCCAGAAGUUGUCUCCAAGCGCAGGUCUCGCGACGACCCCUCUCCGCCCGAUGUGCCUACCAAGAAACAGAGAUCUACCUCUCCGAACGCAGUCGCACACGCUGGCGCCACCAGUCAUAACGAUAUGUAUGGCGCUAUGGUGUCGAGCAACAUGGCAAAGAUGGUGCAGCGGUCUGAUCUGAUGUUGACGUGGGACGAGGAUCCAUACAAUGUCGAUAGCGCCUUGACUAUGCACGUCCUGGACCUGUACUUCACACACAUUAACAACGCAGCGUACACUUUCUACUCCAAGCCGCAAUUAAUGACCUGGGUCGCCUCGGAAAAGGACAAAUGUCAGCUGGAAAGGAUGGCGUUGUACUCUAUCCUGGCUGUAGGCUCAAUCUUCGCUGGUGAUCAAUAUUCCGGAUUCGGGAAAUGCUGUGCUGAGAUUGCCAAAGGCGCAGUCGCGCAGAAAAUCGGCACCUUCAAUCUAGCAGUUGUCCAUGCUCGUCUUUUACUAUCGCUUUACCACGCCGCCCGAGGCUCCGAUGGCAUGGCCUGGGACUAUGCAGGGAGUGCGAUCAGGACGUGCUUAAGUGGCACCUUGGGCUACCAGACGGAGGAAGCCUGCUUGCACCGAGGCGAAGACCAGCAUCCUGCUCGUAUUGAAUUUGGAUUGGCGCCAAACCAGCUCGCGGAGUGCCGAAGGCGUACCUUUUGGUCCUGCUUUCUCCUUGAUCGCUUUGCCUAUGGCUCGACUUGCACGAUCAGUACCGCGGACAUAUUCGUGCGGUUACCUUGCGCUGACAGCGACUACGACAGAGGACUGGCAUCCAAUGCACCGCAUUUCAACAAUGGCAUAAUCGAUCCGCAGAAAGCACAGCUACAACCACAGAGCCCCGUGUCACCGAUGGCUUGGUUGUGUCUGAUCUCGUCGAUAUGGGGAGACGUGCUCAACUUCUCCAACCGUACGGUACACCGACCGUCCAAUGCUUUCUCCGAAGCAUAUGAAACAUUCUACGUCGAGACGUAUAACCGGCUACACAGCUGGUCGUCAUGCCUUCCAGAGUACUUACAGUACACCGAGAACAACCUGGCGCGAAGCGUUCACGCCGGCUAUGGACCAAUCUUUGUCUCUGCUCACGCAUUAUAUCACUUCACAUUCAUGCGCCUAAACCGCUGUGUCAAGUUCCAGUGCUUUGGGCAGACAAGAGUAGAACGCAAUAUACGGGCUGCACACAUGGCUGCCAACGCUCUUCUGGACAUGAUGCAUUCUCUAAGACUAUUGAAACGCCCAUCGCAUGACGGAGGGUACGACCCUGUGGACUCGGUCAUUUCCGCUCCAUACUUGGGUAAUUCAAUAUUAUCUGCUAUAGAUAUCAUCAGUGCAGGCGGCUUUGAUUCACACAUCGGCAGAACACUUGAUUCAGUCGGUGGUGGUGUGGAAUGUCUCCGCGAGGCCGCAACUUACUGGAACACGGCACGAAAUCAGUUCAGCAGCUCACAAAAGCGCUUAUUGAGCAUGCAGAACAUUAUGACGCGGCCCACCAAGACGCAAGCGGGUGCGUGGCUGGGCAGGAAAUGGGGAAUGAAGGAUCCGCUCGAGAAGGAUUUUGUCAACAAUAGGAAUCACGACUGCAUCUAUGGGCUGGAAGACCAGAUGCACAAUUCGUAUUUCGAUGCGUUGAGUGACGAGGCCCAAAGAAGCUCUCAACGAUCUGGCAGCAUGCGAGUCGACUGA